CUCUCCCAGGUGGGGAAAGGAGGGCACCUGCUCUUCUAGAACCUGGGUGGGGUAGGACGCCCUGUGUGGUGGCCCAGACGGGGGCAGGUCGUGGCCCUUAGACUCACCAGGGUGGCUGGGAGGCAAAGUGAGGCCAUGCUGGGGUUCCCUCUUCUUUCAGAGGCCUGGUGGGUAUAUAUGGCAUAGGUGGGCCAAUAGAGCUGUGUCUCUGUGAUGGCUCAAUUUCCCCAGGGAAGAAAAUCGUGUCCUGAACCUUCUGUACCUUUUGCCCAGCAGCGGGCCCCUCUUCUGAGCUGAGCUCUGGUGGGUGGGUUUUUGAGGUUUCUUUUCUGUUUUGAGCCCAGGGAUAUGCAGGAACCCUCCCUCCAGUCAAACUUACUCAAGUUUUAAUCUUUAGAGAAUAUUACAAGUUGAAUUUUGUUUUAGUCUUGUGGAGUUGGGGAUAGAACCCAGGGCCUUUGUGGAUGCCCUGAGAUGCACCCCUGGCCAUGUAGACAACAGUUUGAGAGAACACGUGCGCAGGAAAAUGGGACUCUCCUCCCGCUCAGUGUCCCUCCCUCAGAAACCCUGGGGGACCUGCUCAGCAAAGCUGUGCCUGCAGCUGGCUCCUCCUAGGCCAGUAGCUUUCCACAUUUAAAAAUUCAUGACCCAUUAAAAACUAUAAAAAUCCCGUGCCCUUUGUGUUUUGUGAUGCAGAGUACCCUAGUCUCUUUUUCAAAAUAUGAAGUAAUAAUAUCAAUUCUGCAUGCCUUAGAAUAAAGUCCCCUCCUCCCGUUGAGAAUUGCAGUCCAAAGCCCUUAAAACUCAACACUGCCAUUAAAGACAGAACAGAAAUUACAGGUCACACCAGGCUGAUGUCUGAGCUUCCAAGGCUCUCUCUGCCCUUCAGAUUCUGAUGAAAGAGGUGGGCACCCUACACAGAGCCUGCCAGGGAGAGAGGAGAGGACAUAUUUGGCACAUAAUUAGUUUCCAUCGUCUCAGGGGCUGGGAUGGCAGAGGUGUGAAUAGAAGGAACAGUUAAUACAACUCUGACUCCAGGGACCUGGGUUGUAGCUGGAAAAAAUAGGAGCAGGCUGUGUAACCAACAGUCCCGCGACACAGACACAUUCGCACCCACACAGCAUCCACAGCCUGUCUCGCCCUUCCUACCAGACCUGUCAGCGCCACACACUCCAAACUGGAACUGUGCCUGCUGCAGGCAUCAGAUAAACGUCCUAGAGUGACUGAUACACACCCUGCUGCGGAGCCUAGCGAGAUCACUCCCGUGCCUACCAGACCCCCCCCCCCCGCAGCCCUCCUCCUUGCCCCAAGUAGGGCUCUGCCUCUUUAAGGCCCCCAUGUGAUAGCUAUGCUCAGUGGCCUACAAAGGGUUCUGACUGGUGCUAUUCAGUGUCUCAUCCCCAGGGAAGGGAGGGGAGCCGAGACAGACAGACAGCAGGCUUGUCCUGUUGUGACCACCAAGCACAAGUCUUGGAUGGCAAAUAAUGAGGAGCCGGGAACUGUCCCUGCCUGGCUACAGCUGAAUGCCUUAGCUUCUUCUGUCCACACCCUCAAGUCUCCAGCUCCGUUCUUAGAAGCUGGUGCCCCUCCCUGCACUCCAUCAAUAGCCCUGUCUUUUCCCAGGCCCUCUGCCUUCUCCUGUCACAAGCAUUUGGUCCUGAGGCUGUUUGUGCCUUGUUCCUCGUGGCAUGUUUUGUCCCCAGUGUGACUAAGCCCUAGUGUAAUUUCUAUCUUCCUUGUCAUUGGGGCCCCCUGGCCAGCAAGCUGGGGUACACAGGUUGCUCACCGAGUACUCAUGGAAUGAACAGAUUCAUUUGCUGAUUCCCGCCUGCCCCACCACACAUCACCAGCCUCGUCUCUGUCUCCCACGACACCAUGCUAACCCUGUGCUCUUGUCCCAGAGGGCUAUACUGGACCCUGGGCACUGCUAUUCAGUCUCAAGUCCCAGCAGCCUCCUUGCCCUCUUGACAGCUCCCUUACUGUCCAUCAGCACUGCCCCUCUAAGAACUCAGCAGCUCUGCCUCCUGCUGGGCUCUCUGCUGAAGGGCAGGGUCUAGCCCGAGAGAGGAAGCCUGGGAUCCAGUCCCCACAAACUCCACACUGGGGAAGGGUGAAGGUGGAAAUGCAUGUGGGACACAGUGAAGGGAGUCACCUGACGGUUGGUCCCAGAAACGCUGGAAGGGUGAGGGCAUGACUUGGCUGUUCAGGAGAGGCCUGAGUUGAGCCAGAGGGGCCUGGCCUUUUCCCUUCAACUCCCAUCAACUUAUCCUAUGGGUUAGCACUCAAGGGAGCCAAGGCUGGGAUGAGUGAGACUCCUUAAGAACAUCUGGAGCCCCCUGUUAGGUGAUGUAAAUUUUAAUUACUUUUUUUUUUUUAAGGAGUUGAGGGUGUCACCAGAGGAGUAUGCUAAGGUCCCAGAAGGAAUCUGGCUAGUCCCUCUCCCCUAUCACCCUUCAGUGGUUGUAUCAUUUAAGCUGGAGCAGAAUAGCAACUUGUCUGCCAGGGGAGGAGCAGGAGAUGAUGCUGGGGCUCCCUGACUCACUGCCCACCACAGCCCGGGUUUUCCCAUAGUGCAAGCCCUGAGUGCUCCAUCCCCUGUCGGGCUGAGCUGGGCACUGCUGAGUGCUGUCCUGGGUGGUGUCACCGACGAGAAGGGAACUACCCAUAAUACCUGUCCUGUCUCCUCACUGUCUGGUCUGUCUCUUCCUCUGGUGUCGGUUGGCUUGUCUCUGCCUCUUCUUCUGGCCGCAUGAGGACCCCCUCCUCUGGACAGGAGCUCUCUUCUGGGUUCCAGCCCGCUGUGCCUGCUCACAGCCGUCAACUAGGUGACUGUUCACUGGGUAGAUGAGGCUGGGGCCAGUUCCACGCACUGCCUCUCCCCACAGGCUGAGCACGCUGGAGUCCGCACCUACUUCUUCAGUGCUGAGAGCCCCGAGGAGCAGGAGGCCUGGAUCCAGGCCAUGGGCGAGGCUGCUCGGGUCCAGAUCCCUCCAGCCCAGAAGUCAGUGCCUCAGCCCGUGCGGCACAGCCUCGAGAAGCCAGACUCGGAGAACAUCCCACCCAGCAAACACCAUCAGCAGCCACCCCACAACAAUCUCACCAAGCCAGAGCCUGAGGCCAAGACCCGAGGGGAGGGGGACGGCAGGGGCUGUGAGAAGGCUGAGCGCAGGCCUGAGAGGCCAGAAGUCAAGAAAGAGCCUUUGGUAAAAGCCAAUGGCCUCCCAUCUGGACCUGAGACAGCCUCAGAGCCUGGCAGUCCUUACCCCGAUGGCCCGAGGGUUCCAGGAGGUGGGGAGCACCCUGCUCAGCCCAAUGGCUGGCAGUAUAGCUCCCCAAGCCGACCAGGGAGCACAGCUUUCCCACCUCAUGAUGGGGACUCUGGGGGACAGCGGCGGAGCUUUCCACCACGUAGUGACCCUGACAAAAUUGCCCAGCGCAAAAGCUCUAUGAACCAGCUUCAGCAGUGGGUGAACCUGCGCCGAGGGGUGCCCCCACCCGAAGACCUUCGGAGCCCUUCAAGGUUCUACCCUAUGCCCCGCCGGGUCCCUGAGUAUUACAGUCCCUACUCCUCCCAGUAUCCUGACGAUUACCAGUACUACCCACCAGGGGUGCGGCCAGACAGCAUCUGCUCCAUGCCAGCCUACGAUAGGGUUAGUCCACCCUGGGCCCUGGAGGACAAGCGGCACUCCUUCCGGAAUGGGGGUGGACCCGCUUACCAGCUUCAUGAAUGGAAGGAAUCCACCAGCUACGGGCGGCAGGAUGGCACCGUUUGGAUCCCCAGCCCCUCCCGACAGCCAGUCUAUUAUGAUGAGCUGGAUGCUGCCUCUGGCUCCCUGCGCCGCCUGUCCUUGCAGCCCCGGUCCCAUUCUGUGCCCCGCUCACCCAGCCAGGGCUCCUACAGCCGUGCCCGCAUCUAUUCCCCGGUGCGUUCACCUAGCGCCCGGUUUGAUCGGCUGCCACCCCGCAGUGAGGACAUCUAUGCAGAUCCUGCUGCCUACGUGAUGAGGCGAUCCAUCAGCUCCCCAAAGUAUGAUUACCUGGGAGACAGGCGACCAGUCCCUGCAGGACUGUUCCCCUACAACUACCCAUCAUCCCCCACGGUCCACGAUAAGAUGGAUGAACUUUUAGAUCUUCAGUUGCAAAGAAACCUAGAGUAUUUGGACCAGCAGAUGAGCGAGAGCGAGACUCUCAUCAGCAUGGUGAACCGAAUGGUGGAGAACUCCUCUCCCAGGGCCCACCUCUUCAUGCAAGUCCCUGCAUACCCAGAGGUGUUCCGGGAUGGCCUCCACACCUUCAAGCUAAACGAGCAAGACACGGAUAAGCUGCUGAGCAAGCUGUGUGAGCAGAACAAGGUAGUGAGGGAGCAGGAGCGGCUGGUGCAGCAGCUGCGGGCGGAGAAGGAGAGCCUUGAAAGUGCCUUGAUGGGAACCCACCAGGAGCUGGAAAUGUUUGGAAGCCAGCCCGCCUACCCAGAGAAGCUACUGCACAAAAAGGAAUCUCUGCAGAACCAGCUCAUCAACAUCCGGGUGGAGCUGUCACAGGCGACCACGGCACUGACCAACAGUACAGUGGUGUAUGAGAGCCUCGAAUCGGAGGUCUCUGCCCUGCAUGAUGAACUUUGGGAACAGCUCAACUUGGAUAUCCAGAACGAGGUGCUCAGUCGGCAAAUCCAGAAGGAGAUCUGGAGGAUCCAGGACGUGAUGGAAGGGCUGAGGAAGAACAACCCCUCGAGGGGCACUGACACGGCCAAGCACAGAGGAGGACUUGGACCCUCAGCCACCUACAGCUCCAACAGCCCAGCCAGCCCUCUCAGUUCUGCCAGCCUUACCAGUCCCCUGAGCCCCUUUUCAAUGGUGUCUGGCUCUCAGGGUUCUCCCACUAAGCCAGGGUCCAGUGAGGAACCUGGCCCACCUCGGCCACCCCUCCCCAAAGCCUACGUCCCCCUGGAAUCUCCUCCCACCGUCCCUCCACUCCCCAAUGAGAGCCGCUUCUGGCCAUACCCCAACUCCCCUUCCUGGCAUCGAAGUGGCGAGACAGCCAAGGGCCAGCCCAAAACAGGCUAUGAGACAAGCAAGAAAGACCCGAGCCAGACAUCACCCCUGGGUACCCCUAGAGACAUCAGCCUGGUACCCACCAGACAAGAAGUGGAGGCAGAGAAGCAGGCAGCUCUCAACAAAGUUGGCAUUGUGCCCCCUCGGACCAAAUCUCCUGCUGAGGAGGAGUUGACAGCAUCAGCAGUGGUGAGGAGGACCACGAAUGGACUCACCAAUGGCCUCUCCUCACGGCAAGAGCGCCCCAAGAGCGCUGUGUUCUCUGGAGAGGGCAAGGUGAAGAUGAGCGUCGAGGAGCAAAUGGACCGGAUGAGGCGGCAUCAGAGCGGUUCCAUGAAGGAAAAGCGGAGGAGCCUACAGCUCCCAGCCAGCCCAGCCCCUGAGCCCAGCACCCGGCCCGCCUACAAAGUGGUGCGCCGUCACCGCAGCAUCCAUGAAGUAGACAUCUCCAACCUGGAGGCAGCCCUAAGAGCCGAGGAACCUGGUGGUCAGGCAUAUGAGACACCACGGGAGGAGAUCGCGAGGCUCCGCAAGAUGGAACUGGAGCCUCAACACUACGAUGUGGACAUCAGUAAGGAGCUCUCCACUCCAGACAAAGUCCUCAUCCCUGAACGGUACAUUGACCUGGAACCUGACACUCCCUUGAGCCCGGAGGAGUUGAAGGAGAAGCAGAAGAAGGUGGAGAGGAUCAAGACGCUCAUUGCCAAAUCCAGUAUGCAGAACGUGGUGCCCAUCGGCGAGGGGGACUCUGUGGACGUGCCCCAGGACUCAGAGAGCCAGCUGCAGGAGCAGGAGAAGCGGAUUGAAAUCUCCUGUACCCUGGCGACCGAGGCCUCCCGCAGGGGCCGCAUGCUGUCUGUGCAAUGUGCCACCCCAAGCCCUCCCACCUCCCCUGCUUCCCCGACUCCACCAGCCAACCCCCUAUCGUCUGACCGCCCCCCGGGCGCCGACAGCAGCCAUACCAUGCGGGUCUGAGCUCUGACUGCAAGCCCUGGCUGAGGCCAAUGCUGUGAAGCUCCACAGAGCCACCUUCUGAUAGCAUCCAUUGCACACCUGGGGCUCUGGCUUCUCACCCUGGCCUCCUGCCCUUGCACCCACCGUGGGAACUCCCCAGAGAGCCAGGCUGAGGACCGGGGCUGCUUCAUAAAGGAACAUGGAUGCCUUCAAGUUCACAUCUGCUGCCCGUGCCCAGAAGCCUGCACUGUCAUGUCAUGGUUCUAAGACAAGACUGGGGAUGGCACGGCCAGGAUGGCGUCCUCUCUGAUGCCCCAGUCACGGGGAUCUCAAGUGCAGUUCUGGAGGGCAUUGUGUGGCCCUCCUGCACCAUUCCCCGGUGGAGUUCGUGUGUUGGUGGGGAGCACGUGCUCAGCUCUGGGUGAGGGCUAGAAGUGAAGACAAGACAGACUCCAUCCCUUGGAACCCGUACAACACAGCGAGAGGCCAGCUCUUGCCAUCACCUUCCUCCCGUUCAGUCCCAGCUGCCUCAGCGAUGCCCAAGGCUUUGGCACAGCUCUGCUGAUGGGCUUCCCAGAGUUCACUGGAGGCCAGCCACCCUGCUUGAGCCAAAGAAGACAAUGAGUUCUAGGGAGAGGCUCCUGGGCUCCCAGAGGGGUCAGGUGUGUUAUGGAGAGAUGACGAGCAGGUCUGCACAGUGUCUGAGGGCAAGUUGGAAGCAGGAGCAAGAUGGAAGAGAAAAGAGGCUUAGAGAGUGAAGGAAGAAGGCCAAAUGCUUUACACAAGCAACAGGGAUGUAAAGAGGGAAAUGGGAAGGGAGACUAGGAAUGGCUUCCCUACUGUGGAGCCUUAGGUCAGUGCCAAGCAGAGGGCCUGUCACCUCUGUACCUUCACGUCUUCCUCCGGGGCAGGAGGCCCCAGGAGGACUCGUGCCAGGCACACGUCAGCUCCAGCUGAGGCGCUCGGUAGCAAGGUAUGAGGUAAGGGGUUGUUAGAGUGUUAGCCUGUGAGAUGGUCCUAUCUGUGUCAAGGCCUGCUGUCUCUCUCCCAGGGUCAUAGGCAGAGAGAAGAUGGUCUCAUAUCAAGUCUGUCAGCCUUGGGGCCUUACCUAGUCAGUUGAAACCUGGAAAGUACUGUGGGCUGACUGAGGCUUGCCCUGGGAAGGAAUGAGGAUUUAACUGUGAGGCCAAGUUCUAGGUCCUUCUCAUCUCAGGCAUCUAGAGCAGGGCCAGACGCUUUCCUCCACCCCACCUGCCCAGGGAGGGCAGGACAGGGAGAGACCGGAGCAGAGCAGAGUCUUCCUCUAGCCCACCUACCGUGCGUGAAUGUAGCCAGACAGCAGCAAAGGAAGGCUAGCUUCAGACACCAAGCCGCCAGGCCUGCUCUGCCACACUUUUUGCCCAGGGACUUCAGCCUGAACAUCAGUGACCCCAGGAAACAACUGCGUCAGCUCCCAUCAACCCAUCACCACUCCGUCAUGGUCGGGACAGUUACUGGUUCAUAUGCAAGUAAAGAUGACAAUUCUUUCAACAAAUACUAGUGACGCACUCUCUGUGUAUCAGGUAGUGUUCUAGGUGCUCACGGUAUUGUCUCGCUUCUGAGGGUCUCUGGAUCAGGAGGAGUCCACCUGUUUUCGCCUCUAUCUGGCUUCUGGAAAGCGCUCCUUCAUGACAUCCCCUAACUGCAUAGUUCAAACACCCCAAAUCUGCCCUUUCCUCCUUACAGACUGGUAGGUGGGAUCAGCUCCCAGGUUACGCUCUCUCCCCAUACCCCCUUCCAAAAGAAACAAAAUUUUAGGGCUUUCCCCAUCUUUGUCUCUCCUUUUUUUUAAAAAAGCGGUAUUUUUAGAAAUACACGUGAAAUACCAAGAACUGUCUUUGCCUUUCCACCACUCUCACCUGCAUUUCAUAAAGCUGGCUCUUUAUGUUGCUUUACAUGGCCUUAAUAUAUGUUUUAUGGAAGUGAUCAUGUCAUAGAUACCCAUGUAAUAUAUUUGUCUGGAUGUCAACCCUUUCCUCAGCUCCUGCCCCAACCUGUUUUUCUGUCCAUGUCACUUUUAGCACGUUGAAGUCACACCCCUUGCCUUUUUGAUCCAAAGAAGGGGAGAGGAAAGAUUUAUUUUAAAGGCAGACCUAUUCUAUGCUUUUGUUUAAAAAGCAGAUCUAUUUUCAAAAUGUGCAAUGUCUGAAAGGGAUCAGUGAUGUGUGAGGGACCGGGGUGGCCGUCCCUGGUCCCAGUCUGUGCCCCUUCCUCUGCCCCGGUGGCUUCCCUCCCAUUACCCAGUCAUUGUAAAGGGCUGGUCCCCAGGUUCACCCGGACUGCAUCCUGCAGGAGAAUGACAUUGCCUCAAAAGUCCUGGUCUAAGAGUUUGACUUCACUGUCAACUUUAGGAAGCAAUCGGAGGGAUGCCAAGCACGUGAGGGAAGCAGGUCAGGCAUCUGAAGGGAGUGUUUACAACUGCAGAUGUGCAGCCCCCACGUGGGCCCCUGGGCCAGCUCCCAUCACCCCUCUGUGAGAAAAGGCCAACAGGUUGCUGGCAGCCAUCUUGAAGGAUGUCAGUCUGCUCCCUGACAGACCUAAGACACGAGGUGGAUCCCCGAGAGUGGCUUGGGACCCCCUGUGUUCUUUGAUGAAUCCUAGGAGUUCCCCUGAGCCCACUCUGUGUCACACCUAUUUCCCUCUAAAACUUCUUGGAGUUACGGCACAUCGGUCUGGCAUCCAGACUUGAAGCCUGGUUCCUGGCUGGGGAGGCCCCACAGUCAAUGUCAAAGCCUAAAUCUUUCCCAAGAAGGAGCCCUCUGUGCUUUGACAGGCUGGGGGCUGGAGUUCUGCCGUGGCAGCUCAGCUUGGCAAACAUGCUUUCUGACGGGUGAUGUGAGCAAGGAGGUUGGGAAGCUUCGAGACCUCUCCCCAGAUCUGAAGUGAUGUGUUUGGGAAUUUGACGGCACUUCUGGCCAGCUUUUGAAGCCUGACCUCCAACUCUGGCAUUUGUUGGCCCUCUUCCCAGACUGGAAGCUCUUGCUGUGAGUGAACAGGGCCCAGACAUAGGCCUAGGUCUAAGCACCCCUUCUGGGGAAAGUCCUGGCCACCCACACAGGGCCUUCCCAGUGAACACAUUACCUCCUCCACCAAAAAAAGCCAAAAGGCUGCGAUCAGAUCAGAUAUUGCUACCGUCACUUUAAAGAUUGUUCCCAGGAAGCAAGCUUGCAAGCAGCAAGUGAGCUCUCCUGCCUUUGUGAAAGGCAUGUUCGUGGGGCAAGGCUACUACUACAAGAUGGAAUCCCUUCCUUCCCCAUUAGGCACCUUCCUCCUGGCAGCUCUUUAAACUAAGGAAAAAUACUAUAUAAAUAUAUAUAUAUAUAUAUACACACAUAUCUAUUUAUGCACAUAUUUGGGGCCAAUUUGGUUUGCUAGUGUUAGACAAUAAACCAUACAAGGAAAAUCUAUGCUCUCAGUGUCUUUAUUUAGGAUGGAAGUGACCUUAGACAAAGAGUUAAGGUUAGAUGAGCAGCCUCUCUGUUGGGACCACACCGUGGUAGCAUCCCCUGAGCAUCUGUCUAGCCGACCACCCUCCCCUGGAGAAGGGACGCCUGGCUGAAGUAGGUGAAAACUUGCUCCGUUCAGCGGCAAUCUUACUAGAUUAGGUACUGAAGAGCCCCAGUGAGCUCUGAUUUGUAUCUUGCAAGUUUGUAUAAACCAAUACCGGAAAUAAAAUGAGUGGUUUGUA